AUGUCUUCCAACACGCUAGAGAAGAGGCAGUCGUCUCUCCCGCCAGUUAUAAACAUACUUAACAAGGACAGCAGCAAACCUAGUGGCCUUAAGGCGUUAUACUGCCAUCCACUGCUGCAAGUUUCAAUCGUCGGUUUGAUCUGCUUCUGUGGUCCGGGACUGUUCAACGCUUUGACUGGUUUGGGUGGAGGUGGACAGGCUUCUCCGGAAGUGGCCAACAAGGCAAACGCUGCACUCUACGCGACAUUCGCAACUGUCGCUUGGUUUGGCGGUAGUGUCGUUAACCUUAUUGGCCCUAUCCUUGCCAUGAUGAUUGGUAGCGCUGGUUAUUGUCUCUACAUUGGCUCAUUCCUCGCACUCAACUACCACCCAGAUGCGGGCGGCUUCAACAUUGCAGCAGGAGCUAUACUCGGUUGCUGCGCUGGUCUUCUAUGGACUGCUCAGGGAUCGCUGAUGCUCUCGUACCCAACUGAGGACAAGAAAGGUCUAUACACCUCUAUUUUCUGGGUAAUAUUCAAUUUCGGUGGUGUUAUCGGGUCGGCUGUGUCUGUCGGUACGAAUUGGGACUCUGAACAAGGGGGAGUGACCAACUCGACGUAUAUUGCCUUUGUCGCGGUAACGGCCCUGGGCGUGCUACUACCAUUAACAUUGCGUGCACCCUCCAAGAUGAUCAGAGAGGAUGGCUCAGCAGUUGUCAUCGAGAGAGCGACAACAUGGAAGACAGAACUCAUCAACCUUUACAGAGCGCUAGUCGACGACCCUUGGAUCACGCUCCUCUUCCCCUUCUUCUUCGCCUCUAACUGGUUCUACACGUACCAGUUCAACGACUUCAACGCAGCGCUGCACAACGUUCGUACGCGAUCCCUCAACGGCCUCUGCUACUGGCUGGCGCAGAUAGUCGGCGCGGUUAUCUUCGGCCAGCUGCUCGACAUCAGCAGGGUGAACCGCAAGUGGAGGGCUACAAUUGGAUGGUGUGUCCUUUUCGCCAUGGUCUGGGCGACGAAUGCAGGUUUCUACACAAUACAACGUCAGUUCUUCGAUACGCCCACUGACCAGAUCGAUACUAUUGAUCUGACGUCAUCGCGCUACCCGCACCGCAUCGUUCUCUACAUAUUCGCAGGCGCACUCGACGCUGCGUGGCAGACAUACGCAUAUUGGAUGAUGGGAUCAAUGAGCAAUGAUCCAUCUAAACUGGCAUUUUACGCUGGUUUCUAUAAGGGCUUGCAGUCGGCUGGUGCAGCUAUCAUCUGGGCUUGCGAUAGCCAAAUGGGAUCGCUAGGCGCUCUCGCCUCAUCGUGGGCACUCAUGGCAGGUGGUCUCCUCCUCGCCCUCCCAAUGGUCUGGUGGCGUAUCAAAAACCACACUACUCUCGCAGAUGAAACUAUGGUGAGGGACGUCGAGGACGUCGACGAGCACGCACGGCCGCAUGAACUCGGUGAGCUCGAUCAUGGAGCUUCUCAGGAACACAUAAAGAAGUGA